AUAAUGAACCGCUGUUCCGUGUUCCGUAUUCCGUUUUAGCCGCCAUUAGCGCCCCGUGAUUGGUCGUUUUAGCUGUCACUCAAGUGACGUGUCGGAAGCCCAAAUUUUGUUGACGUCAAAAUGACGAGUACGCGCUCAUUAUGCUAAAAUAUACGGAAUCGGUUCCGUCCAAGCGCGGAACAACCAGCGAGUGGCCCCGUUUCGACGGAAUAGCAAACAUGGCGGUGCGUGCGGUGCCAGCGACCUUCGCCGCGGCGUUUGCCUUUUUGGAGGCGUCGUACGAUGAGCACGGACGUCGGAGAAGGGAGGCCGAGGAUGCGUUUGACAUGCCAGACGAACAGUUUCGGCGCCACUUUCGCCUGAGUAAAGAAACAGUGUGGUGGUUGUGCGACGAAGUCGCCGACGAACUGAGGGGCUCGCGGCCAACUGCGCUCUCGGUGGAGCGGCAAGUAUUGUGCGCCCUGCGUUUCUUCGCCACCGGGUCCUUCCAAUCGUCGGUGGGAAGCGAGGAGACCGUAGCGGUGACGCAGCCCGCGGUCAGCAAGUGUGUCCGACGUGUGGCUCAGGCUAUCGUCAACGCCGGGACCCGCAACAAGUGGGUUCACUUCCCGAGGACGCCGGAGGAGAAGGCGGCCGUGAAGGAGGGAUUCCUUCGCCUUGGACCUCUACCUGGCGUCAUCGGAUGCGUUGACGGUAGCUUCGUCGCCAUCGUCGCACCGAGGGGCGAGCAGAAGGCGUCUUUCUGGUGCCGCAAAGGGUAUUUCGCCCUGAACGUCAUGUUCGUCUGUGACGCUGACAUGCGGAUCCUCGCCGUCGACCCGCUGCGACCAGGGUCGGACCACGACAGCCACAUCUGGGGCACGUCGUGGGUCCGCGAACGUUUCGAGGAGGGCCGCAUUGACACGACUGGCGAGUACCUUCUCGGGGACGGCGGCUACCCCCUCGAGCCUUGGCUUAUGGUCCCGGUGCAAGGUCGUCCUCACAGGGAUAGUGCAGAAGGCAAGUACAACUCUGCACAUGCAUCAAUGCGUUCCAUAGUGGAGCGUUGUAUUGGGCUACUAAAGAGCCGCUUUCGCUGCCUUCAGCGGUACCGUACCCUCCACUACUCACCGGAACGUUCUUCCAUCAUUGUUGCUGCAUGUGCAGUGUUGCACAACCUUUGUAUUGAAGAAGGUGACAUAGGUGUUGACGAUUUCAGCGAUGACAGUGGCGACGAGAGCAGCGAGCACGGCAGCUCUAUUGAUGAUGACCCCCAACCUCGGUUUAGACGGGGGAGGUCAUCACACUUUAUGUACUUGCGUGGACAAGCUGUCCGCAACAGCCUUAUCGGCUUGUUUGGCAGGACAAGGCAGCAACACCUGCAGUAUUUAAGAAGGGUGCGCAGGCGACUGCGCCGCUUGCAGCGACGACUGCGGUGUUAAAACAUUUGUGCUCCAUUGCAGGAGCUUCACCACCUGCAGUUCUUUAACAUGCAUGUAAAAUUAAGUAAACCGAUGCUUCUGCAUUUUCCCCUCAGUGUGAUCUCGCAACCGGUGCUGUCAGCAGUAAUGGGACACAUGUCCACAACUUUAGUAGUGUGACAUCUUAUCUGAUCAGCUUCGAUCAUGCCCGUGUGAUCCGGGUCAACAGCCAAGCACCGUAACCACUGUUGUAGACCAGUAUCAUUUUUUGUCGCUGCUGUCAUCCUGCAAUCCCCAACAAUUGUCACCGCCAUCUGCACCAUGCCUGGGAGUACGCCCUGUCUUCUCGCUUCCUGUCUGGGCAACGCACACCUACUACGCCUGGUUACCUUCUGUCGCACAUCCACCGCACUGCUUCUUUUCAAAGGCCAAGUGGCGCCGAAAAAGAUCGUCUGGCAUGUGAAGUGCAUCAUGCUUUCUCACUUGUGCUCAAGCGCUGUACUGCUCCUGUGCAUGGCCAAGUGACGCCAAAAGACACCAUGCGGCAUGUCGAGUGCGCUCAUUAGUGAAGUAAUGUGAAAUAUUCUGGAAGUACUUCACGUGUGACCUUUGUUAAAGAAGAAUGAAUUUAUUCUUAAUGCCAAGUGGUUUAUUUUGAUGUAUUCGGGCUUCACCCCAAAAGAUUUGUUUACAACACUCCAGCCGGACUGCGUUGCGAUGUUUCAGAAGCUGCAAGAUUGUUUUAGAUCAUUCUGUUAAGAUGUGUUUGUCAGUUUCUCGGCGGACAACGCUCUGUUGGCCGCUAUGAGUGUACAGUGUGUGUCACUGUAGUUUGACUUUUGUUUCGAGCGCAGAAGUCCGCUCAAAUAAAAAGU